AUGAGCACCGCGGACAGGCAAGAAGCCUGUCGGCGUGCGUUCAAACGGGUGGCCGAGACGCGAGACGACACCGAGCGGCUGCGGCUUGUCAAAAAGGCCCUCGCCCUAUUCACCGACGGCGUCGAGCCCCCCGAGCUCCUACUCGACUCCUAUAUUCAAGAAGUUCAAGCAGUACUCGUCGACCCAUCGCUCUCUAUUCGUCUGAUCGUCAUUGAAUUCUUGACGGAUAUAUGUUUCCUCAGCAAGAAGACUAUUCGAUACUCGGUGGCCUCGUUUGGCGCCAAUUUACUCACCGAUGAUAUGGCCAUGUUAAAAGGGCUCAUUCGCGCCUUCGUUCGGCUCUACCCGACGAUUUUCCGCUGCAUCAUCGACCAGCAGCCCGACCUGUCGCACGAGGAAUUUUGGACGGUGAUGAGCCAGGUCAAGGGGAUUAUCCUCAGCUAUACCAACGACGACGAUCAAGAGAUCCAAAUCCUUGUGUUCAAGUUCAUCGAGGUCAUCAUUAUGUGCCAGUCGCUUCGAUCGGAGGGCGCCCACGCAGACUACCUGGUCCACCUCAACGACAUCACGCCCGAUCACAAGGUGCUGAAGCACGACCAGCUUCACGACGAGGGGAAAUACUGUCUUUCGUCGAUCCUCGAUCAAAUCGCGCUGCCGCACAUCAGUUAUCAAUGUUUGAUCGUGGCGCUCGGGUCGGCGAUGAGUAUUGCCCGCAUCCGCAACGAGCACGUGAAGCCGGUGAUCGACUGCUUGGAAAUGUUGUACAUCAACUUGCCCCCCACGCUCAGCGCCGAACAAGUAAAAUCCACUCGAAAAGAGCUGAAGAUGCAUCUGUUGCGGCUGCUGAAAUUGCCGGCCGGUCUGGCCCAUCAAAAUCGCAUUGAGAUUAUGUUGACGGCGCUGGGGGCCAGUAAUUCGGAAAUUCAACGAGCCCUCUACGAGGCCAAGGAGCAAGUCUACACCAAGCGCCAAAAGCAGAGCGGCUCGAGAGAAUCAAGAAAACGGCCGGCUACGGGCACCGAGUACGAGGCCGAGGUGAAGAAAUCGGCGCUCGAAGCCGACGACGAUGAGCCGGCUUCAUCCAGCGAUCGCACCGAUGCUGAUCAACUUCGCUGCAUCGCCGACCACCACAGCCGCGCCGAGCUGAUGGUGCUCUGGUUCACCGAGCUGUACACGCAGUAUUUGGGG